AAGUUGCCUACAUAUCCUGUCAUUUUAGAGCAUUUCAAUAAAAAAAAAAUUAAAUUAUGCUGUAUUCAUGUUAUUAUAGUUCAAAGACAGACGCCAAAAAAGGGAAAUAACUUGUAAAAAAAAAACCUACUCCAUCCUCUUGCAUUUCCGGAAGAGGCCUUUAUCAUAAACUGUCUGCAUUUGCUUUGAAUAACUUGAUAACAUGUAGCAGGUAAACUGGCCUCUGUGCAGCCAGUGUGUCUUUAUCCAAACAAAAAUGUAUGCUCAUCAGCCAAAAUAAGUCUGCCUAUUAGUUAUUGUCAUGGCAAACAUAACAUCACAUUUUUAGCACCUGUACACGAAGCUGACAUGCAUCGAUGCAUUCGGCGAUCACUGAAUCAAGAGCUCUGUUGUACAAUUAUUCGGUCUGUAUCCCAGCAUGGGCCCGGAAGUUGUUUGGGAUUCCCAGGUAAAAAAAAAAAAAAUCCCGGAGAUGCUGUCGUCGCCUGGGAAAACAAAAAGCCAUCCAGACAAUUAAAAAAGGAAAACACCGAUCGGUCGCCAGGUAAGGUGAAGGCUUGUGGACUUCACCGCGGCGCUCGGCAUCUGGGGAGAGAAUGAAUGCUGAUGACUGCAAUGGACGCUCAUAUGCACCAGGUAAUGGAGGAGAAUCAUCUACGGAACAGGAUUUUUAUAGCGGGUCGCAGGGCCCUUCAGUAAGAUCUCCAAACAGUCAGCAGUCCUCACCACACCGCUCCCUUAGUGAAAACUCCAUCAAGGUCGAGCUGUGCAGCGAUGAUGAGUCACCAGGUGCUCCACAGCCGGAGAACAGAGAGGCUGUGAGGGACGAUAUCAGGAGGGAUGACAGAGGGGACCCCAUGGAGGAAGGGAGCACAGAGUACGCUAGGGCUGGAAAAGACGGAGGAAGCAUUUACAAUGACAUGGCCAGUCCAAAUACUUCUUCACCAGGACCUAUCCGGCUCCCCAAUGGGAAGCUCCAGUGUGAGGUGUGCGGGAUGAUCUGCAUUGGACCCAACGUGCUGAUGGUGCACAAGCGUAGCCACACAGGUGAGAGGCCGUUCCAGUGUAACCAGUGUGGAGCUUCCUUCACCCAGAAGGGGAACUUGUUGCGCCACAUCAAGUUGCAUUCAGGAGAGAAGCCUUUUAAAUGUCACGUCUGCAACUACGCUUGUCGCCGGAGAGACGCCCUGGCUGGACAUCUGCGCACACAUGCAGCCUCUUCUCCAACCGUGGGCAAACCUUUCAAGUGCAGCUAUUGUAGUCGCAGCUACAAACAACAGAGCACACUGGAUGAACAUCUAGAGCGCUGCCAUAGUUAUCUGAAGAGUUUGGAGCACCAGACAGCAGUCGGCGCACAGACAGCACAGGGUGAAGAGUCAGUAAAUAUGGAGACAAUUACUAAACCUCUGCUCCAGCCAUCCAAUGAAAAAGUCCAGUUUGUGGAUAGACUGGCUAUCAGCAUCACCAAACGCAAGAGGUCAACGCCACAGAAGUUUUUAGGUGAAAAGCACAUGCACCUUGACCUACCUGAAGCACCUUAUGAAUUGUCCUCCGGCUCUGAGAAAGAGGGGGACAUUAUGAACUCUCAGACAGCAGGGGACCUUGUUGGGUUGGCUGGUUCCCGUCUCCAAGGCAGCAGGGGUAAAGGGGAUCACCUUGAGCCGCCUGCCCUGUCUCAGCUCCAUCCUGCCUUCCUGACGGAGCUACGCACGGUUAUGGGCUCAAUCAAAAGCAACGUGAAUCCUCAAGGCCCCAGAGCACGUGGUGGGGGUGGGCUGGUGGCAGUGUCACUAGGCCUCGCUGGGCAUGAGGUAGGUGAAGGCCGCGAUGACCAACGCUCAGCCCCCAGCCACACUGCCUCGCCCAACGGCUGCCCCGACUCUACAGACACAGAGAGCACAGCAGAAGAGCAGAGCACAAGGGCUACAGCCCCGACAAGUACCUCCAACAACCACCACCUCCACUACCAGACCCCAGCACUGCCCCGCAACCAUCCCACUUCCAGCCCCAGGCGGGCCAAAGACUUGGAGUGGGGGAGAGCGUGUCCUGUGCCCCCCACCAUAGCAAAGAGGAACCCUGUCUCACCCCUUUCUUCCAGGGGGACUGUGCAGGUGUUAGACAGGGAUGGCCGGGCUGUGAGCUCCUUCCACUGCCAGCACUGUCGCAUCCUCUUCCUUGACCAUGUCAUGUUCACCAUCCACAUGGGUUGCCAUGGCUUCCGCCAACCCUUCGAAUGCAACAUCUGUGGCCACCGCAGCCAGGACCGCUACGAGUUCUCGUCUCACAUCAGCCGCGGAGAGCAUCAGGUGGACUGAGGAGAGGGGAUAGUAGACAAAUUAGGAGAGGUGACUGUUGCGCUUUAAAGUUGUAGGCUCCUGUUUGUUCUGCACCAGAUCAGUUGCUUUAAAUCCCUAGUGUAGGUAGAAGGAUAUGUGGUUUUAUUGUGAGGAUAUUUAUUAAACUAAAGUGAGUAAAACAAUCUUUUUACCGCAUCAUUUAAAGUUCAGUGGAGGCAAAAUACAUUCUAUGAUUGAUUGCACUCCCAUAUCAAAUCAUCUGGCAAAACAACUGGUUUUGCUUCAAAAGUGCCUUCUUUGAGGAUUUCCUCUCGACUUAAAAAAAAUGGAGGGGAAGUGGUGCUCAAAAAAACUUGACUAGCCAUCUUUUCCUAAGUGAUUUAGUUAGCACCUUUUAAAGGUCAUGUGCACAGGCUGUUAAGGAAAGCAUGGCAUGUACAUUUUAUUAAUUCUAUUUGGUACGCUAAGAAUGCACUAAGAGCUUUGUUUUCGUGGUUGAGGAGGGUACUGUGUCGUGUGUCAGGUAAGCCUAAUAUGCACUGAGAGCUUUGUAGCUCUGGGUUUAGGAAAAGCUUUUGUCACAGACAAAGCACAGAAAUGGAUUGCCUUAACUCUUACAGUAGUGUGUUGCUGUGGAAAUACAUUGUUUACAGCAUGUGUGAAGUCACCUCAAUGCUUCACAAAGAGACAACGCAGUGAGACUAUCAGGACAAAAUGAAAUUGUGAGGGGAAAUGAACUUGAAAACAUUUUAGGGCCUUCAGGGCUCAGGCUUAGAACAGUUUUUUAGGAUUUUAAAGUGAGCCUUAGAAUACUGGUGCAGAUCAGACCAGGAGCCUUGUCAUAAGAUGGCCCAGAGUGCUUUUACAGGAUUGCACUUUUUAGGUUCCCUGCUUAUAUAUGAACAUCCUUGCCUAAUCACUUGAUGGCUUUACAAUUGUUUUUUUCUGUGAUUGUUCUACUGCACUGAUAAAUUGCAUAGUAAUCACAAUAAUUGAUCAUCUAAUUUGCAACACCAGUGUAUUUUUAACAGAGCUGACAUUUUACAGAAACCCACCAUGUGCACUGGUUCUGCGGUCUACACUCAAGUUUGCUGCAAUGUGUAACUGAGAAUUAAAAAAUCUGUUAAACUACAAUCGUUAUUUUGUGGUUUUGCACUCAGCAGGUAAGGCUGAGUUUUUAAACAGUUUGCAUAAUGAGAAAACAAAUUAAUUUAAUUAAUAUUUAAAGAUUAACAAAUCAGUUUGGAUCUGUCAGUUAUCCCUUGUGAUUAUCUAUUUAGUGUUGUUUGUUUUAGCCUUGGUGUAUUUAAUCAGCUAUAUUCCAAAUCUUAUCCAGCAUAUUCCUCAAGUCCAUGAAAUGUUACCUCCUGCUUCUUUAUAGCACCCUAAUACCUUAUUGCUACAGUAUGGUGAGUUAUCUGAUAAUGUUAAUAUUGGGAACAUGAAUGACACCAAACUCAGUAUUCUUACUUGUUAUUGUUGGUUUGCUGCUUCAUAGUUUAACUUAAUUUCCUUCGAUUGCAGGCAAAAAUAUACUUGAAACUGUUCGAGAAAAAAGUAACCUAAAAAUGCACUUGGUUUGAUAAAUAGAGAAAUGUGUGUGAAUGGAAUAUAGCAUGUGUGCUUGUCAUUUUCUGCUUUUCCCUGAAUUGCGAAUUAUUUUUGAAAAUGUGAAGUGAUUUCAAGAAGUGAAAAUGAGGCAUGGGUUUUUGUCUCCUUGUGUGGACUUUUCAAUGUUAUACGAUAUUUUGUGAAAGAUGUAACAUGACAAAACACUUUACCUCAAAGUUAAAGAUGUAAAACUGCCUCAUUAUUUUAACAAGUCGUGUUGCUUUUCAAGAUGUUCUUGCCGUUACAAAUGCGUGCCCCUUGAUAUUCUCAAAACUUUU